UGUGUUCUUCCAUUGUAAUUCAAAAAUAGUUGCAGCCAUGGGAAUGACAAUAUCCAGGUUAGUGAGGAUGCUUUUUGCAAAGAAAGAAAUGAGGAUACUGAUGGUGGGACUCGAUGCUGCCGGAAAAACAACGAUCCUCUACAAGUUGAAACUUGGAGAGAUUGUCACUACCAUACCAACAAUCGGAUUUAACGUGGAAACUGUUGAGUACAAAAAUGUUAGCUUCACCGUGUGGGAUGUUGGAGGACAAGAUAAGAUUCGACCCCUAUGGAGACACUAUUUUCAGAACACACAGGGCCUUAUUUUUGUGGUGGAUAGUAAUGACAGAGAAAGAGCAACAGAGGCCAGAGACGAGCUUCACAGGAUGCUUAACGAGGAUGAACUACGCAAUGCAACCUUACUUGUGUUUGCUAACAAGCAAGAUCUUCCGAAUGCCAUGACUGUUGCCGAAAUCACCGAUAAACUUGGUCUGCAUUCACUUCGCCAAAGACGCUGGUACAUCCAAGCUACCUGUGCUACCUCUGGCCAAGGACUUUAUGAAGGUCUUGAUUGGCUAUCCAGCAAUAUCUCUAGCAAGCCAUAACCCAGCCUGCUCUCCCAAAGAAAAGACUUGAACAGAGUCAAUGGCAUGCUCCACUAGAUCUUCAUUAUUCAAUAGAGUUUGAACCACUUCUAUGAUUAAGAAACGACAGUGUGUAUAAAUACAUGUUUGUGUGUUAUACCAUAUAUUAUGCCUGAGCUGAUAAGUAUCUGAAUUUAAAUCCAAACCAGGUUUAUGGAAACUAUAAAGCCAGUAUGAUAACCUGAGCGA